UGGAAGGCAGUGGGGUUUGAGGCACACCGGGUCUACAUGAGUGUCUGGAGGAUAUUGUGAGGUUUACGAAUGAUGUAAAGAAGGGUUGACUUUUAUGUGGUUCUUUUUUUUCGUUUCACAGAUCCCUGGAUGUACAUUUUCUUCGUUUGGAAUACCUUUUUUUAUUACAGGCAAUGUUAUUGACUUGAUGGUGGAUCCAGUUAAACUUUUCCUCGUUCUCCGACAUUUCUCAAUGCAUCCCCUUUUAGACCGACGGUUUUAUGGACUUCUGUAUUAGCUAAUGAUGUCUAUAGGUUUCAUGCCUGAUAGUUUGAAUUCUUCAGAUCCCUCCAAAUCGACAUUUUUCGAGUUUGGGCACGGGCACCCUGCGCACCAGCAGCAUUCCCAAGGACACUCUCACAUCUACCCCGUUAGUGGUUUACAAUCUGCCGGACACUCUCAACACGGUAGUCCCUUCUCCCCCAGCGCGUCCUCUUAUGGCCGCUACGCCUACCCCAGAGCGGUGAACACUCAUCACCCGAGUGCCUACAUGCCCUACCAGCACAACAAUCACAGUUUGGCGCACUCCAGAUUAGAUGAGACAGACCAUGAGAAGUCUACAGUGAUUGAGAACGGGGAAAUUCGUUUGAAUGGUAAAGGAAAGAAAAUACGCAAACCACGGACCAUCUACUCCAGUCUUCAGCUACAGGCGCUCCAACAUAGGUUUCAGCAGACCCAGUACCUGGCUUUACCCGAGCGCGCAGAUUUGGCGGCUAAAUUAGGGCUGACCCAAACACAGAUUAAAAUAUGGUUUCAAAACAAGCGCUCGAAAUAUAAGAAGAUACUGAAGCAUGGCAGCGGGCCAGAGGGGGAACAUCUCCACAGUACGUCAUCUAUUUCUCCUUGUUCACCCGGGAUGCCACAACUUUGGGAGGUGUCAAUGGCGAACAAAGGGACCCCUACGCACCCCAACAAUUACAUGAACAAUUUUGGUCACUGGUACCCAAACCAUCUCCAGAAUCCUGUGUCCAGACCUCAAAUGAUGUAAGCAGACCAUCUCAACACACUGCACGGUGCUGUAAAACUCACCCGGCCAUUUCUAACUUUUCAAGGGCCUCAAGGCUAUAUCUGCCUACCCCACACCCUCAUCUAGCCUAUCAAGUUUGAUUUACGUGUUUAAUUAAUGUCAAUUGUCUUUUUUUUCUUUCAUUGCAAUGUAUCCUAUGUUUUUGGAUGACGAUUUGUAUUUCUUGUGAUCACUUUACACACUGCUCUUAAUUUUUGGAAUGGCUUUGGUGAGAAAUGUGCCGUCAGGUGGCAACAUGCUUAUGGUUUGAUUCCAGCAAGGGACAUGCACCUGAAUAUGUGUGUCAAUUGGUUAUGACCAUAUUAUUCAUGUGAUUAACAGUAGUGUCCCAGGCAGUCCACGUUUGGAUAGCUUCGUCACAGCAAAUAUGAAUUUAUUGUGCAUAUACAUUUCAGACUUGUUUGAUAUGCACUGAUGGAUCUCAGCGUCUAUUGUUGUGAAGGUGUCAAUAGUUAUUGAUCGUUUUAAAGUGCUUUGUUUGAUAUACAGUGCCUUCAGAAAGUAUUCACACCCCUUUACCUUUUCCACAUGUUGUUGUGUUACAGCCUGAAUUUACAAUGGAUUCAAUUGGGAUUGUGUGUCCCUGGCCUACACGCAAUAUCUCAUAGUGUCAACGUGGAAUUUUGUUUGUAGAAAAAUGUUGAAGGUGUAUUAAACAUUUAAAGCUGAAAA